CGAGGAGAGGAGGAGCCCUCCAGCCCUGAGGGCCCCGCCCGAGGCUCCCAGCGGAGAAGCCUCCUCCUGCGCUGCCAGCGCCCUGGGGACUCUCCUAGGGUCUCCUGCUUGAGCAGGGCGCCGGGCCAGAAGACCCCCAAGGCACAGGCCGGGGUGGGCUUCCUCUUCAUCCCCUGCUUCUCUGGACGGAAGGUGGCCAGAUGGCUGCCAGAGCAUCCUCCCUCUGGGAGACCCUCUCCAGCAGCUUCUUGACUUGCACCAUUUGCUUGCAGCACUAUUGCCAGCCCAAAAUCCUACCCUGCCUCCACAGCUACUGCCAGGACUGUCUGAAGAAGCUGCUGGGUGGGUCAAAGCAGGAGCUGCGGUGCCCUGAAUGCCGCGAGGUGGUGCCUCUCCCAGCCGGCGUUGAAGGUUUGAAGACCAACUUCUUCAUCAACGGCCUCCUGGACUUGGUGCCUCCGGUCGAGGAGGCCAAGGCCACCUGCAGCCUGUGCCCGCUCAUUGGCCAAGAUGCCAGCUCUGUCGCUGUGUCUCACUGCAUCGAUUGUGCCGACCACCUGUGUCAGGCCUGUGCCCGCGGGCACCGUUGCUCCCGGCUUACCCACGACCACCUCCUGGUAGACAUGGAGGCUUACUGCUCUGGGAAGUACAACGAGGAGAUCCGGAAGCGUCAGGCCUCACGCUGCAAAGAGCACAAGGAUGAAGACCUGCAGUAUUUCUGCGUCACCUGUGCUGCUGCCCUCUGCCGGGAGUGCCGUCUGGGCCCUCACCUGGAGCACCCGUGCCUGCCCCUGUCGGAGGCCGCCAAAGCCCGCCGCCCCAUCCUCACAGGCCUCUUGGAUGGGGUGGAGGAGAAGAUGCACCUCCUCGCCAAGGCAAAGGUCAACCUAGAGAAGGAGAGGCAGGAGAUGGAGACGUGGAACGUGAACAUCCGCAUCGUGGUAGAGCAGACAUGUGCCAAGGCCGUGGAACAGUUGCUCAGCCACAAGGAAAAGGUCCUGGGCCAACUCUCUGGCUACCUGGAGGAGCGGAAGGAGGCCUCUCAGCUGCUGCUUUCUGAGCUGGGCUUCCAGGAGCAGGUGGCCUCCACCACGGUGGCCUUCGCCCGGAAGGUGCUGAAUCUGGGCCAAGCGGUGGAGAUCGUGUCCUUGGAGCAGAUGAUCUCCGAGAGGCUGAGGCAGUUGCAGAGCUUCUCCUGGGAGCCCCUCACCUUGCAGGUCCCCAAGCUCCACAUCCAGCCAGACCUCCUCUAUGGCUGCAACCUUUUCCUUCUGGAGUUUCACGAGAAGGCCGCGACAACCACCCCUGAGUGCAGCAUGGGGGAUUCCACCCAACGGGCUCAGAAGGAAAAAAAGCAGAAGCAACAGCAGCGGCCUCAGGGAGCAGAAGGGGGGGACGCCUCCAGAGAGGAAAAGGCCCCAAGUGGGGAAAGCCUUGGGCUGAUCCCAAAACCCGUCUUCUUCUGCAGCUUCUGGGUGAAAGUCCCAACGGACAAAAAGCGGCCACAGAUCACGGGCUUGUUCCCGUUCGGCUCCAACGAAAUCCUCGUGGCUGAUGAGGAGAACAAGAAGUUGAAGCGCUUCUCUCUGCAGGGCGAGUUCAAGGGCACGAUCCCGGUGCCGAGCAACGUGGCCCCAUUCAGCGUGGCUGCUGUGGGCAACAAGGCGGUCUUCACCGCCGGAUCCCAGCUCUACGUCUUAAAUGAAACGGGGGGGAUUAUGUGGCAAAAGGCACUCAAGGGGGGCCAGGCCAGCCACGCAGUGACCACCUGUGACGGGAACUGCGUGGUCGUGUCUGUGGCGGGACAUCUGGAGGUGUUCAACUUGAAAGGAGAACUCUUGGAGAAGAUUGUGCCGGAGGCCUCCCACGAAAGGUGCCUGGUAUUCCUGGGCAGAUGGAAAAAGGGAUUUGUGGCAUCUGACUGGUACCGACAUAGCGUGGUGCUGCUCGACAGGAAUGGGGAUCUGGUGACCGAAUACCAGGAGGAGCAGCUGAGUGGGUCUCAACCAGGCAGCGUCUGUGCUGAUGCCCCCGGGAUCGUCUACGUGGUGCUUCGGGAGCUGAACAAGAUUGUGGCCUUUUCAGAGGCCGGGGAAGAGCUGGGAUCAUUUCUCACAACAGAGAAUAGCAUCUUCAAGCCACGAGUGGUCACUAUUGCCGGGGACGGACAUUUUGUGGUAGCCCUCACCAACGGCACCAUCCAUGUCUUUAAGAUCAAGUACCAGGGCAAGUAAACGGGGAGCAGGCCCCGGGGAAGGCACGUCUGCAGGGUUCCAGAUGGGAGCAGACGUCCUUUGGCGGUAGAUUGGCUCCGAGAUGGGGGGGGGAGAGUGUUCAGGCCCCCCUUCAACCCUUCAUUGUGUGAAGGGCUGUGUCUCCAGAAGGCUGGGCCUCUUCUAGCACCCCAGUCCAGCCUUCUGGAGACACGGCCCUUCACACAAUGCUGAGGGUGGACAGAAAUGGGUGCCACAAAGUCUGCUCUCGGAGAGGCCACCAGACUGGCUGGAGGGAGAGAGGGAGGCACAUCUUCUGUGGACGCUGACAUCACAGGGAAGAAGUGGGGGUGGGGUGGGGGGUCAAAGGGCAUCCCAGUGAGCCAAUAAGGGUUUUACUUCUGAACGUCCCUUGGGAGACCAGCCAUGCUCGCCUUCUCAUUUGUUUGAAGGAUGCAAUAAUCCUUAAUGUGUGAUCAUAUAAAUUAGUUUAAAUAAACAAACAAAAAUCCUUCCUUCCUUC